AUGCUGAGAACGUUCGUGAAGGUGGUAGCAGCGCGUGUCACACCCAGCUACCUACGCGACAGAGUGGAAGAGCAAAUGAAGACCGUGCCGGCGAACGAUCUGGUGGCCUUUGCGGAUAUCCUACGCUUGACCGAACGCAUGAUGCGGACAUGGUCAAUCAGCAAAGGAACAGCUACGGUUCGAAGCGUGGCCAUGAAGAAGACGACCAAGGGUGCCGCAUUACGAAACAUGCGAAGGAAGCCAACCAAGCUGUUCGAGAUCAGCAGGAAUUACGAGGAAAUUACCCUCGUCCACCAGUGCGGCGGUGUGGUCCCCAUCGACGCAAAAGCGAACGGGGACCCACCAGCCACAAAGUACGGACCGCAAGCGAAUUCGCGCACAAGACACGACGACCGCCAUCUCCAAGCUGUGCGUGAUGAAGCACCUCCUCGAUUUGCACCUGAUGAAGCACCCCCUCGAUUUGCACCUGGCCGGGAUGACCGCGGCAUGCUGUGCUUUGUCUGCCAGCAGCCAGGACACAUGGCCCGGGAGUGUCCCAAUACAAAAGACGGGGAUAUCGGCGAUUCAAGCUGGAAGAAGGGCAAGAACGCCGUCAAGCAGCUCAAGGCGCGGGAACGCAAAGCGAAUAUGCAAGCCAAACGAAUGAAGAGCUCCCACCACCCACCAUGUGGACGUUGGGUGCGACUGAAUAGUGUGCUGGAAGUUCCAUACUGCCCGGAUACCGGCGCAGACCAAAACAUUAUGCCACAAGCCAUGGCGGAUGAACUUCAUGGGUUACAGCCACAACUUCAAGAUGUAAAGUUGGCUGCGCCAUUUGUGGGAACAGCAUGCAACAAUAUGCCGUUCGAAGUGAGCUACUAUGUGGACCUUACGCUAACAAUGCAGACGGCCGCUGGACCAGUCAAGGUGCCAGGCAAGCGCCGCUGCUACGUGGUCAACGAUGGAGAUGAAUUCCUCGUUUCGGAUGACACCCUCAAGACUAUUGGUAUCGACAUUGACCACCUGCUGGAACAGGUGGGGCGCCUACAAUGGGAUGAGGACAGCGAUGACCAGGAAGAAGUUUGUGGCUAUUGCGUGGAAUCACCCCAACGAUCGGCCGUCAGAGCCGCGACCAUGAAGGCGGUGCUACCUGUAGCCAAGAAUGAAGUCGAGGAAGCCCUGCAAGGCAUGAUCGACGGCGCGGACGAUAACGGAUUUCCAAUGGAACAUGUAAAGUACUUGUGGGAUGUGCUCAGCAAGCAUGACAUCUGGCGAAUCAAGUUCGACGGGUCAGACUCACCGGCGAAGGUGAAGCCGUUGAAGGUAACCCCGAAGGAUGGGUGUGUUCCUUACCGAUGCAAAGGAAGGAAGCACAACCAUCUGGAGGAGAGGUUCCUCAGGUUGUUUGCACAAGAACUACUCGAUGCAGGCGUGAUGAAGAGCAAUCAGCAAAGUUUGCGGUGUAGCCCGGUGAACCUGGUUCUCAAGCCAGAUGGGCGCAAGUCAUUGAAGUCGGCCGACAAAUGGAGCGACGAUGACGUGCUCAAGAACUAUCGGCUAACCAACGAUCACUGA